AGGUGUGAGUGAAAUGUGCUAUCUUCGUUGUAAAAUUAAUAAAAACGUUAAACGUGUAAAAAAUUCAAAAAAUGUUCAAAAAAGUUGCUCUGGGUGUUUCUGGUGGAGUUGACAGUGCUGUGACUGCAAUUCUUCUUAAAUCAAAAGGUUUUAACGUCACUGGAGUAUUCAUGAAAAACUGGGACUUGCCAGAUGAGCUUGGCGUUUGCCAAGUGGAUAAAGAUUAUGAAGACGCAAAGUGGAUAUGUGAUAAAUUAAAAAUACCUUUGAUCGAAGUAAAUUUCGUCAAAGAAUAUUGGAAUGAAGUUUUCAGCGAUAUGUUGCACUGUUAUGAAACGGGAAUAAAUCCUAAUCCAGAUAUUAACUGCAAUAAAAAAAUUAAAUUCGAUAGGUUUUUUAAUUAUGCCAUUAAAGAGCUUAAAGCUGACUGCAUAGCAACGGGGCACUAUGCCAGAAAUAGUUUUAAUUCGUACCUGGAAGAUUAUAUGUCGAAUGAAAAUGCUUCUCUAUUGAAAGCCAAAGAUAUUCAUAAAGAUCAAACUUUUUUCUUAUCACAGAUAUCGCAAAAAUCGUUAAGUAGAACUAUGUUUCCAUUAGGAGAACAUUUAAAGAAAGAUGUAUUUGAAAUUGCUAGAAGAAAUGGUUUGAAUAGAAUUGCGAAUAAAAAAGAAAGUAUGGGUAUUUGUUUUAUAGGUAAAAAGAAUUUUCAGAAUUUCAUUGUUGAGUACAUAGAAGACAAACCAGGACAUUUCAUAGAUGUGGAUAAUGGGCGUUGCGUUGGUGAGCAUAAUGGAAUUCACUUAUGGACCAUAGGACAAAGAUGUAAAAUUCAAAGAGGUUCUACAUCUUACUUUGUUUGUCGUAAGGACCGAGACACUAACAACAUUUAUGUAGCUGCUGGAACAGAACAUCCGGCACUACUUUGUGAAUUUUUUACGACAUCUAAGGUGCAUUGGUUAUGCAAAGAACCCAAUUCACUAAAAAAUAGCCAAGGGGUUUUGGAUUGUGAAUUCAAAUUCGAACGGAGCCAGCCACUGGUACCUUGUUCCAUUUUCAAGACUGCCAAUGAUGAGUUACUCGUUCGAGCACGUCAACCACAGAGAGCUGUUACACCUGGCCAGUACUCCGUUUUAUAUUCAGGUGAAGAAUGUUUAGGAAGUGCGGAAAUUAGUUAUUGUUGUCCUUUACUAGGUUUUUCAAAUGGAACAGGAAAAUAAGAAUUGUAAGAAGAAAUUAGAAAAAUAAUAAGCAUUACCUGACC